AAAGCAUCACAAGAGUUAUAAAAACUCCCUGCCACUUGUUAUUAACAUGCGUUCGAUAUUUAUCACAUCUUCAACUUCUCUUUGCAGAUUUUGUUGAUAUGGCUGAUGUUGCCCGAGCUGAUAGGCUAUCACCACUCGAUUAUAAAGUCGAUAUACGCAACUUUUCAUUAAUUAAGGACAUGGGAAAAUACAAUUCAGCAGUUUUUGAAGCUAAAGGCUACAAAUGGAAAUUGGUUCUCCACCCAAAUGGAAACAAAAGCAAGAAUGUGACAGACCACAUCUCUCUCUACUUGGCAUUGGCAGACCCUGUUAAGCUUGGUUUCGAAGUUCGAGCAGUUUUUCACUUGUAUUUGUAUGAUCAUCUUAAAAAGGAGUUCUUGAAACCACCAGGCAUACCAAAAUUGUGGUACGUACUUGUUAAUAUUUUAUUGAUUGUUGCAGGAACAGAUGCUGAGGAGAAGAAAGGAUGCUUUCACCUAUUGAAUCGUGAAUGUGGUUUGGAUAAAUUCGUUGAUCAUAAGGUAUUUAGUGAUCCCAGCAGUGGUUUCCUCAAGGAACAAGAAGCUUGUACUUUUGGAGCAAAGGUGGUCUCUGUCAGCGAAGUUCGGACAACAGGCAGAGGAGAGUCCUUGUCAAUGAUAAAGAAAGACCUUCCUAUUACCUACAAAUGGAAGAUUGAGGAAUUCUCUACCAAGCGAGAAGAAGAAUGCGUUGAUUCCCCAGUAUUCAAUGCUGGGAAACAUCGCUGGAAGAUACAGCUCUAUCCUAGGGGAGAAGGCCUUGAAAAUGACACCCAUGUUUCUCUAUAUUUGGCUUUGGAAGAUCCCACAACCCCUGUUCCUAGCUCUAAAACAUAUGCAGCAGUCACAUUGCGCAUUCUGGAUCAAUCCAAGCAUAAACACAUCAGUCAUAAAGAUAAUUUCUGGUUCAGUCCCUCAAGCCCAAAUCAUGGAUGGCGAACGUUCAUUUCAGUUGGUGAAUUCGAUCGAUUGAAACAACGGCUUGUGGCCCGGGACACUUGUUUUGUGGAAGCAGAGAUUUAUCUUGUAGCAGAGACUGAAGAAUUUUAAUUACUGAUGAGGGAAUGUGGCAGUUUUCAUGUGCCUUCUCACCGCAUGUAAUUGUCACGUUUAACACAUGAACAAAUAAUAUGCAAUUAGCAAAUAAUAAUUAUUAAAAA